AUGUUUUUAUUCAUCGCAUGUACUGUUGAUAGAGUAUAUUGCGAUGACAAAAUUCCUGUCAGUGUUGGAUCAAGUAAUAAUUUCCAAUAUAUUGUGCAAAUUUCCUUGACAGGUUUGUUUAGUGAGCAGGAAUUGAGUGGAGUUGGAGAUCGUUUUAUGAAAUGUGGAUUUAAUGUAAUCUCUGCAACGAGAACAAAUGUUUAUUUAUAUAUUGGAGAUGAGGAAUUGAAACAAUUGUUGGCUUAUUAUAAGGAUAAUUGUAAAGUUGUUUAUUCUAAUUCAAGAAGUAUGAGUGAGAGUGUAUUGAGUGAUAAUCAACAGGGGGAGGAUGGUGAUGAAGCUGAUAUUAUGCAAAAAUCUACAAUUACUCUUGCAAAGAUGGAUCCAGAAUUGAAAAGGGAUGUUUUGAAGGUUUAUAGUGGAUUUGAUAGAGUUCCUGAAGGAUAUCCAAAUUUAAAUCAAGUUAAUAAUUAUUUGAGUGGACUUGAAAAGAGAUAUCCAGGAAAGGUUAAAAAGAUUCAAAUUACAACCAAACCAACUUUUGAAAAUCGUCACAUUUUUGGUGUUAAAAUUUCUAAAAAUGUAGAAAAGAAUAGAGAUGUUCCAAAUAUUCUUGUUGUAUCUGCUCAUCACUCAAGAGAAAUUAACACUGUUAUUACUAAUAUUGCUAUGAUUGAAAAAUUGUUAUCGGAUCCAAAUUGGGAAGAUUUAUUGGAAUUUAAUCAAUUCUAUUUCAUUCCAGUUGUUAAUGUUGAUGGUUAUGAAUAUGUAUUUACAACAAAUAAUUUCUGGAGAAAGAACAGAAAUGUUGCUGGUGUUGUCAAUGGAACAACUGUUUUUGGAAUUGAUUUGAAUAGAAAUUAUGAUUUAGGUUUUAAUAGUUGUGCAGGAAAUGGAAGUCCUAACAUGGACACUUAUAAGGGCAAGAACGCAUUCUCUGAAAUUGAAACAUCUGCCAUCAGAGAUUUCACUAAGAGAAUUGGAGGAGUUGCCAAAGUAUUGGAUUUCCACAGUUCUGGUAGACAAGUUCUUACAGGAUAUACCUGUACAAACAAUGCCCAACAAGAUUACAUUAAAAGUUUGGGACAAGAAUUGGCCACUAAGGUUGGUUAUGCUCUUAGAGUACCAUCCUCAGAUGGUGAACACCAGGAACAUCAAAUUAAGGAAUAUACUUCCUAUUCAUUCCUUGUAGAAAUUAUGCAUUCUCAUCAACCACCUCUCAAUGAAACUGUUAGUGAGGCAGUUCAAUUGGUUUCUCUCUUUGAACACUUUGCUUACAAACCAAUACCUCUUCGUGGCCAUAUCUAUGAUGAAAAAUCUGGUAAACCUAUCGAAAAUGCAUUGAUUGAGGUUUCUGGAAUUGUUUGGAAAGCUGGCGAAAGUAGAAAGACUAAUUACUUUGGAAGUUAUUACUUAUUCUUGGCCUUAAACAAGACUUAUGAAUUGACAAUUACAGCUAAGGGUUAUUCUCCUUUGAAAGCUUCUGUUUCUCUCACAAAAGAAUCCACAACUAAGGACUUUAGAUUGAGAAGAUAA